AUGCGGCUCCGCUCGUUCCUGCUGCGGUACUACCCGCCCGGCAUCACGCUGGAGUACGAGACCUCCGCCGGGGAGGUGGGCGCCAAGACGGUGGAUCUCCUCACACUCACGCCGCAGACAAAUCUAGAGCGGCUCGCGGCGGAGAUCAUCAAGGAGGAGCCGCUCCUCAGCGAGAAGUACGCGCCGCAGCUGGUCAUGUACCUGCAGCGCCUCGUGGACAAGCUCAAGGCCGGGUACAACAACAAGCAGAUCUUCUACCUGUUCAAGACACUACGGGCGCACAUGCUGCCGCUGACGAACUGUGCCUUCAACAAGGGCGGCGACUCCUUCAUCACGGGCAGCUACGACCGCACAUGCAAGGUGUGGGACACGGCCACCGGCAAUGAGAUUGUGUCGCUGGAGGGGCACCGCAAUGUUGUGUAUUCGGUUUCCUUCAACAACCCAUACGGCAACCGCGUAGCCACCGGCAGCUUCGACAAGACGUGCAAGAUAUGGGAUGCGCAGACAGGGCAGUGCUACCACACGCUGGCGGGCCACAUGGCUGAAAUCGUGUGCAUGAGCUUCAACCCGCAGAGCACUCUCCUCUCUUCGGGCUCCAUGGACUACACCGCGAAGGUGUGGAACGUGGAAACGGGGCAGGAGACGUCCACACUGCUCGGCCACACUGCGGAGAUUGUGUCACUGAACUUCAAUACGCAGGGAAACCUCAUCCUCACGGGUAGCUUCGACACCACGGCUAAGCUGUGGGACGUGCGUACCGGCAAGUGCGUACACACGCUGAGCUCGCACCGCGCGGAGAUUUCCUCCACGCAGUUCAACUACGCCAGCAAUCUCUGCAUCACCGGCUGCAUCGACCGCACGUGUAAGGUGUGGGACGUGAGCUCCGGGCAGUGCGUGUCGACGCUCCGCGGGCACACGGACGAAAUUCUCGACGUGGCCUUCAGCACGACGGGCUCGAUGGUCGUGACUGCUAGCGCAGACGCUACGGCGCGUGUGUAUGACACGGCGUCGUGCAACUGCAUUGCGAGCCUGGUGGGCCACGAGGGCGAGAUCUCCAAGGUGCAGUUCAAUCCGCAGGGGACAAAAGUCAUAUCGGCUGCCAACGAUAAGACGUGCCGCGUGUGGAGCGUGGAGACGGGGCAGGUGCUGCAGACCCUUUCUGGCCACAAUGAUGAGAUCUUCUCGUGCGCAUUCAACUAUGAGGGUGACACCAUUCUUACAGGGUCGAAGGACAACACCUGCCGCAUCUGGAAGAGCUGA